AUGAGCGGUAGAAAUAAGACAUUGGCAGACCUUGUGGGUCGAAGGAAAAGAACUGACAAGAGAAGGGAUGAAUCUGAAACCACCAAUGUUCGAGAUGAGCAAAUUGAUAUUGAAAAUGCUCUUAAUGCUCCGGUGACGCGGAAUGAUUUAGUUGGAGUGUGUCAGGUCAACCCAUCUCAGUUUGAAGGCAGCCCUGAUCCUUUGGUUGCAGAAGCUUGGGUUAAAGAGUUAGAAAAACUUUUUAAGGCAAUGCAAUCAGUGAAAGUAGAGAAGGGGAAUGAGUUUUUGCAAUUACAGCAAAAGCAUGAUAUGUCUGUGCUGGAGUAUCCCAACAAGUUUAAUGAGCUGGAAAGUUUCUAUACUCGCAUCAUUGACUCAGAUAAGAAUAAGGCAAUACGAUUCGAGCAUGAGUUGAAGCCAAGUAUUCGAUCUCGUUUGUCUUCUCACAUAAUUGAUAGUUAUAAAGAUGUGUUACAGCGAGCACUGAAGAUUGAGUCAGACAUGAAAAGAUAUGAGCAAGAGAUGGGUGAUAAGAAACGCUCGAGGUUUGAGGGAGAUCAGAGUAAUCAUCAAAAGAAUGUUAGAAAAAACAUAAGUAAGAAGUGGGAGACGAAAUCUGGUAUUAAGCUCGAGAAAUGUGAUUUUUGUGAGCGAUUUCAUUCUGGACCAUGUUUUAGGAAAGCAAGAAUUUGCUUUGAAUGUGAAAAAUAUGGGCAUACUGUUCGAAAUUACCUAAACAAGAAGAAUGAUGCUGUUAAAGCUAAACCGAUGGAACAACCACAAAAGGGAAAUGCUCGAGUUUUCACUUUAACCCGUCAAGAUGCUAAUGCAAAUGAUAAUGUGGUGACAGGUAUUGUUCCUAUUAAUCGUGUCCAUGCUAAUGUUUUAUUUGAUUCUGGUGCCUCUCAUAGUUUUGUUUAUGUUAAAUUUUUUACAUCUUUGAGUAUUGAACCUGAGAAAUUGAAUGAGCUUUUAUAUAUUGCUACUCAUGUGGGAAAAAUUAUGUGUGUUGUUACUGUUUAUAAGAAUUAUGUUGUACACAUAGGGGGUUAUGAACUACUAGUAGAUUUGGUAUAG